CACACCUAGCCAUUGACAGCAAUAUUCCCGAUUUAUCGUAUAAUAUCGAUAGUGGAGAGCAACAAUAAUUGUCCAAUGCCUCAAAACAUUGAGCCAAACAUUACAAUUGAUUUGUUAAACGAAGAUGCCAUUUUGAACAUUGAUAAGGAAGAAUUAAUUAAAAUAUCUUUAAGAAUCAGAUCAAAUGCUGCAUACUCAUUUUAUAGGUCAAAUUCACAGUCUUAUAGAAUAAAGGAUGUGGCUAGAAUGUAUGAUAUAAAUUAUAGAACGUUUUUAAAGAAGUUUGCAAAAGCUAGAAAGACUGCAAUUGAAACAACACCCCAGCAUUCAAAUAUUAACAAUAAUGAAACCAUAUAUGAUGAAACAAAUGCCAGCGAAAUAGAUAUAAUUCCUGAGCCAGCUGCAAUUGAAAAUGAAAAUGAAAAUGAAAAUGAAAAUGAAAAUGAAAAUGAGAAUGAGAAUGAAACAAAUGAUACUGAACUUGAUCGAAAUUACAUCUCUAUUGAAAAUAUCGAUAACAAUAACAAUAAUAAUUGCUCUAUAAAUAAGAUCGAAAAUUGUUUAACAAGAGACAUUUCAGUUAAUGAAACUAUUAAUAUCAACAAUGAAAAACUUUCAAAAAAAGUUAGUUCAAUAGAAUCAUCUAAAACAACCAAGAAUAAUGAUAAUUCUUCCAAAAACAAUAGUAACCAAUCAACCAACUCACUCGAUAAAUCAAAUUUUACAGAUUUAAAUAUUCAAAAUGAAAAAAUUAUCUUGUCCCACAAUCCUUUACAAUCCUUAUAUGAACAUCGUGCUAAAGAACUUUUAUUAUCUAAUACACAAAAUAAUCAUAUUCAACUAAAAUCCCACACACAGUCAGUUGAUAAAGAUUUAAAAAAUCAAUCCACUCUUUCAUCAAAUAGAAAUAAAGAAAAUACAACAAAUCACAAUUCAUUGAUAUCUAGCAAUGAUGAAAAAAUAAUCAUUAAAACAUUAAGAGCCUUUUUUGAACUCAAUACUCCCAUCACAAAAAAUAUUUACAUGAAAUUGAUUCAAGCAAUUAUAUAUAAACGUCGUUCAGAAUAUGGGAGAUUCAAUUCUAAAAAUAUAAAGUUCAAAUCAAAACUUGCAAGUUACCGACAAUUUCCCCCAGCUUCUUUCAGAGAUAUUAAAUUUUCAGAUAAAUGGUUUCAAAGAUUUGUAAAACGAAAUUCAAUAAAAUGUCAAAAAUACUCUUCAUCCAACACAAAAUAUGGCCACUAUUCGAUACUAGCGUCUGAAGUGAAAAAAAAUCUAAUAAAAUUUAAAUCACUAAUUGAUAAAUACAAAAUUGAAGAGCCAUGUAUUUGGAGUGUGAACAAAAAAAUAAUAUUUCAAAGUGAUAUUCACUAUUGUUUAAUGAAUAAAUAUAAUGAUAAUUCCCUCGAGACUUCAAAUGGCGACCCAAUUACUUUUUUAGAAGCCAUUAGCUGUUCCGGUGAAAAAAUUCCACCAAUGGUCAUAAUGAAAAUUAACUCAAUUGAAAAAUCAUUUAAUCACUUUUUCAGUGAUACAAAAGAAUUAUUUUUGCCAGGCUGGUUUUUUACAAAUCUGGCUUCUGGCUUUAUAAAUCAGCUUUUGCUUAACAAUUAUAUGGAACAUUUUAACCAAAAAAUUUCUAAAUAUUGUACCGAAUCAAAUCCUUAUAGACUUGUUAUUAUUAACAGCAAUUUACUUUAUCAAAACAGUUUUACUUCAGAUUAUUUUGAACAACACAAAAUUAAAGUUCUUUCAUUGCCCUUUAAUUGUAGUAGUGCAAUACAGCCAAUCGAUCAUUGUUUUUUUAGAAAUUAUAACCAACGUUAUCAAUAUUACAAGUCAUUAAUCGAUUAUUGUUUUUUUAAUAUUUUUUUCACUGAUUUAUCUAUUUUUAAAAAUGAUGAUAAUCAAAAUGAUAAUAAAUCCAACAUGAAUAUUACUUCAUCUAGUCAUUUGAAAACAACAGAUUUUAAUAAAUUAAGUGAUAGUAAUAACUUUCUCUUAAAAAAUAGUUAUAAUGAACCAUUAAAUGAAAUAGAUAUUGGAUUAGAAUUCAAACUAGUCAACUUUAUGAUUGGCGGGAAGGGUCCAAUUGAUUUUGAUGAAUCAGAUUUAGAUAAUCAUAAAUCAAAUAUGAACAUAAGGUUUUCAAUCGAUGAGUUUGAUUAUCCCAAUGAAAUUGGUCAAGAUUCUGAAAAUAACAAUAACAAUAACAAUAACAAUAAUAAUAGUAAUAAUAAUAAUUAUGGAAUUGCUCCAAAUAUUGCAUUCGCUUCUCAAAGAUCAAAUUUAAUUAAGGAAUCAUUUGAAAAAUGUGGAUUCUGCUACAAUUAUUUAGUUGCAAAUUGCUUAAAACGAUUUCUUGAAAAGAAUGAAAUCAUUGAAAUUGAUGGAUUAUCAAACACUGACCUAAAACAAAUAAGUAUCUUGAUCCAUCCUUGUUUGGGGUUACCUUAUAAUGGCAAUAAAAACUUUGACAUAUACUAUUUAAAAAAUUCUAAACAAUUAGAGGAAAAUGAAAAUAAAAAUGAAAAUAAGAUAAAGAAAUCAGUUAUUAAUUCUUAG